CUUCGCCGGAUACGAAGUUAAUGAAUGGUGUAUAACAGUCAGCUGUGACAGAUGGAAAGUCAGUAAUCAUUUAACAUUUGACAGAGAACAUUGAGCAAAAAAUUAGUGGACACUUAAAGUGUUUUUAUACUUAAUUUGGAUAUUUACUACAUUCUUAAAAGAAAUGACGAAAUUACUUUCAAUCACGAAACCAAAGUCGUCUGCACAAAUUGUUGCCAAGCAACACAUGAAGAAGCAUCUGAAGAGAAUUCGGAAUAAAGAAUACAGUCGUCUGCGAGACAUGGUACCUGCUAUUGCCAAGAAACAAAAUAUAUCUAAGGUUACAGUUAUUGAGGAAGCCGUGCGAUACAUAGAUGAGCUGCAUAGAGCACUUGCAAGCAGACUCACAAACACAGAAAUCAGCAGUUCCCAAGGCAACGCAGAUAUUCUUAAGGAUCUCGUGCACAGCUUUAUACCGACAGACUUUUAUGAGAGAAGAGCGCCACCUUCAGUAGACUUCGAAAAGCAACAAAAGGUGCCAAGUUAUCUUAGUAGAAGUAAACGGCCUGCAAGAUUCGUUUAAGUGAGUUCCAUUAGUUUUCCUGUGAUAUUGUGCAAUAAGCGUCUCUGUGAUAAAAAUUCAACAGACCAGCAAUAUAUGGACCGGGUUGAACACCACCAUAUUUGAAUAAAAUGGCAACCAUUAUAUAGAACUUUUUUA